CAUUUUAGCCGGUCCCUCUCCGCACUGGGUGUGGCGGACAUUUUGUUUUCGACACCGAGCGGGAGUUAACGGCAGCCGCUGUGGUGAAAGGCAGGAAAGGGCAGGCCGGUUAGCAGGCGGACGGGCCAACCGGACAGCCAGCCAACAGCAACGAACUAACCUAGCAAUCUACCGCGUAACACAUCUAACUAACCGCCCACCAAGUUAACCCGAGCCCCUCCACCGUCAACUCAGGUUCGGCCGGCCCCCGGCCCGCCUGCCGCAGCCGUGGUGGCAGCCCCGGGAGGAGCACUGGCGUCCGUUUCCUUCGAUCAGUGGUUCUCAGUUGCGGCUGCACAAGAGAAGCACCGAGGUAGACUUUCCCCCACACCCCCACUUCGAGAUUCUCGGGAUUUGAAGAUGGCUGCACAGUCAGCGCCGAAAGUUGUGCUAAAAAGCACCACCAAGAUGUCUCUAAAUGAGCGCUUUACUAAUAUGCUGAAGAACAAACAGCCGAUGCCAGUGAAUAUUCGGGCUUCGAUGCAGCAACAACAGCAGCUAGCCAGUGCCAGAAACAGAAGACUGGCCCAGCAGAUGGAGAAUAGACCCUCUGUCCAGGCAGCAUUAAAACUUAAGCAGACUUUAUAUGCAAGUCCGGACAGUGGCUGUGGAAGGAUAUGUCCAAGCUGUGGCUGGGCGUCUGGAGGGCGGUGCCAUGCAACUAAGAGCUUAAAGCAGCGUCUGGGUAAGAGUAACAUCCAGGCACGGUUAGGCCGACCAAUAGGGGCCCUGGCCAGGGGAGCAAUCGGAGGACGAGGCCUGCCCAUUAUCCAGAGAGGCUUGCCCAGAGGAGGACUCCGUGGGGGACGUGCCACAAGAACCCUACUUAGGGGCGGGAUGUCGCUCCGAGGUCAAAACCUGCUCCGAGGUGGACGAGCCGUAGCUCCCCGAAUGGGCUUAAGAAGAGGUGGUGUUCGAGGUCGUGGAGGUCCUGGGAGAGGGGGCCUAGGGCGUGGAGCUAUGGGUCGUGGCGGAAUCGGUGGUAGAGGUCGGGGUAUGAUAGGUCGGGGAAGAGGGGGCUUUGGAGGCAGAGGACGAGGCCGUGGACGAGGGAGAGGUGCCCUUGCUCGCCCUGUACUGACCAAGGAGCAGCUGGACAACCAACUGGAUGCGUACAUGUCAAAAACGAAAGGACACCUGGAUGCUGAGUUGGAUGCCUACAUGGCUCAGACAGAUCCCGAAACCAAUGAUUGAAGCCUGCCCACCCUCCUGUGAGACUCUUGUUAAAGUCACACAUCUGUAAAUAACCUUGAGAUAACAGAUGAGAAGAAACUUGAUUGAUGCUGGAAGGACCUAUCAUAAUAGGCUGUGGACUGACUUGCCACCAGUUUGUGCAUUUAGUGUGUUCCUUUUACUUUUUGAUACUGUGUUGUAUGAAACCCUUUUUUCCUCUGACUUGGGUUUUGUUUUGUUGUCGUUUGGGGUUUUUUUCCUUUGCCCAGAUUUCUCUUUGAACAUGAAUGUGUUGGCCUUGUGGCUAGUACACCCUCUUCCCCGCUCUGCCUUCCCUCACUUGUCAUAUGCUUUGACAUUCUGACAUUUCCUCUGUUCAUCUCCCGUGAAGAAGACCCAGAAAGAGCCCAUCAGUGUCCCUCCAUAAUGUCUAGGUUUCUGAGAUGCAGUUCUGUUCUGCAUCAUCUUUAAAGAGCCUCUUAAAAGUGUUUAGAAAAUCUGGAGCUCAAAAAUGCAUUCUGCCACGCUGAUGUUUUAGUAAAGUAAAUUAGGAAUUUUGACAUAGCUACAGAGCCACCUAACAAGUUACACAAGGUAGCAGCUCUGAUUUGAUUAAAGUUAUUACCAUGUACAUUUACACCACAUAACCAGUGUACUGGGUCAGGUUUGUGCACUUUCUACCCUGGAAUGAGAUUUAUAAACUUUUCCUCUUGGCUUUGCAUCAUGCCCAAAGAGGGUAUUUUUGGAUUGGCUUACACCUACAAAAGAGUGGGGAAAGCCGUUUGGUUUGGCAGAUGCUUCAGAAGGGAAAGGGCUGGAAAUUGAUGGCAGAUAUCUGGUGGGAGGGGUCAGAAGAUAUCCAUGCUGAAAUGCUACUAUCCUUAUGUUUAUACCAGGCCGAUCUUGGGCUUCAUUCCUUGACUUUGUUUGACCCUUAUUCCCCUUGAAGGUUUAAUUAAGUUCAACCAUAUUCUGUCAACUGUUCCAGUUUCAGUAGAAUCUUUUGUUUCUGGUUCAUCAUAACAAGAAAUUGUUCUCUGAAAUCCA